AUGCCUUCCGCAACCGGUCAAGACUGGGAAAAGUACCAGAAGAAGUUCGCCGACGAUGAGGUAGAGGAGAAGAAGAUCACUCCUUUGACGGACGAGGACAUUCAGGUUCUCAAGACGUAUGGUGCCGCACCCUACGGAACAGCUCUCAAGAAGCUCGAGAAGCAGAUCAAGGAGAAGCAACAAAGCGUCGACGAGAAGAUCGGUGUCAAGGAAUCGGAUACUGGACUCGCACCCCCACAUCUCUGGGAUGUCGCCGCCGACCGUCAACGAAUGUCCGAGGAGCAGCCCUUCCAGGUCGCACGAUGCACGAAGAUCAUUGCCGACGAGAAGGGUGAUGAGUCGAAGAGCAAGUACGUUAUCAACGUCAAGCAAAUCGCCAAGUUCGUCGUUCAGCUCGGCGACCGAGUCAGUCCCACAGAUAUCGAGGAGGGCAUGCGAGUCGGCGUCGAUCGCAAUAAGUAUCAGAUCAUGCUUCCCCUACCGCCCAAGAUCGACGCGAGUGUCACAAUGAUGACUGUAGAGGAGAAGCCUGAUGUCACAUACGGCGAUGUCGGCGGUUGCAAGGAGCAGGUCGAGAAGCUGCGAGAGGUCGUGGAGAUGCCCUUGCUAUCCCCUGAGCGAUUCGUCAACCUAGGUAUCGACCCCCCCAAGGGUGCUCUUCUCUACGGCCCUCCAGGAACCGGCAAGACUCUUUGCGCCCGAGCGGUUGCCAACCGAACAGAUGCCACCUUCAUCCGAGUCAUUGGUAGCGAGCUGGUCCAGAAGUACGUUGGUGAGGGUGCCAGGAUGGUCCGAGAGCUGUUCGAAAUGGCACGGACGAAGAAGGCUUGCAUCAUCUUCUUCGAUGAAAUCGACGCAAUUGGUGGUGCCCGAUUCGACGAUGGUGCUGGUGGAGAUAACGAGGUCCAGCGAACCAUGUUGGAGCUGAUCACUCAGCUGGAUGGUUUCGACGCCCGAGGAAAUAUCAAGGUCAUGUUCGCUACCAACCGACCUUCCACUCUGGACCCUGCUCUCAUGCGACCUGGUCGUAUCGACCGAAAGAUCGAGUUCUCUCUGCCCGAUCUCGAGGGACGUGCCAACAUUCUCCGCAUCCACGCCAAGAGCAUGUCGGUCGAGCGCGACAUCCGCUGGGAGCUUAUCUCCCGUCUCUGCCCCAACGCGACUGGUGCCGAGCUGAGGAGUGUCUGCACGGAAGCGGGCAUGUUCGCCAUUCGUGCGAGGAGAAAGGUAGCGUCGGAGAAGGACUUCCUGAGCGCUGUGGACAAGGUCAUCAAGGGCAACCUCAAGUUUAACUCUACGGCGACGUACAUGCAGUACAACUAG